AUAACUGUUGUAUAUAUAUAUAUAUAUGUGUGUGUAUAUGUGUGCGUUUUGAGUCUCUACUGGUUAUGCUAUUUAUAAGCGCUCAUACGUAUACCAGACGGGCAUGAAAAAUAAAUUUAAGUUUUUGAAAAACAACAACUUUGCCGAAAAGCAGCGGAUAAUGCGGGCGCCGCGUCAAUUGUGAUUUGUGCGCACUCACGUAAAGAACAGCAGUAAUUUAGACGAAUUUCGGAACGAAAUAGUUUAAGUGAAAAUUUUGUGCUUUCGCAAAUAUUACAACAAAAAAGUGGCCGCGGUGUGCUGCGCCUGAAAAUCGCCCUUACUUUUGCCUGUGUAUAUUUAUUUUAUUGGCUUCCGCGUUGCAAAAAGAAACGCACUUGAGAAAUGCGUUUGGCAGGACUCGUCGUUAGUCGCCCGUCGUUGUCGUCGUGCACGUCGUAGCAAUAAAAUCGAUAUUUCCUUGCUGUAUCUUACGGCGAAAGGUGCGCAGCAGCAGCGACGACGUUAGCUGCAGACGCAGCGCCGACAGCGCAGCGCUAACGCUGCACCGCUCGUACACAAAUAACAACAAUUAAACGUAUAACGGUACAAAUGCCAGCUACCAAUUGAAAUUGCAAGCAAGCGACAAACGGCGGCGCCAACAGCGCGCUGCCAGCGCUAACCCUUGCACCCACAUUGGCGCUGUGGCUUGUGCUGCCAGCGUACACAACUGUGUAUAUGCAACGACUACGACGACGACGACUAGAAAUAUGUCUGCCACAAUGGCGAUAGCAAUGGCGUUGCCGAAGACGAUGUCGUUCUUGACUGCGCAUUCGUUAUUGGCGUAUCCGUGUCUCGUUGAUUCGUGCCGCUCGGCUAUAAACACAAUCACAACCAAUACUAGCAACAGCGCAACAACAACUACAAGUAAUAAUACUACAGCUACUACUACUAUGCUGCCAUACAGUACAUGCGCGCCGUUGUUAUUGUUGUUUUUAUUAUUGUUGCCACCGUCUGCAGUCAUAGCAUAUGCCGUAAAAAAUAUAAACGUGACUCGUACGACAUUGAUGUUGGCGAUGACGACGACGACGUUAGCGGCAGCGGCGUUCUAAAUGCAGCUGCAUGUGUAUAUGAAGUCAUAUAGGCAGCGAGCCAGUCAGCGGACGGCGGAAAGUGUGUGCGCGUUGCAAAAAAAAAAAACAUAUAAAGCAAUAAACUAAAUUCUCUGUGGUUCGGCAAGCAGCAUUCGGCGCUGCUAAUUUGACAAAAAAUAAACGCCGCGCUUGGCUGAAGGACGCAACGCGUUAGCGCCUUGUACGCGCCGCAGCAGUCAACAUAUUCGUACAAACACUGAGUUGGUUUUGUGUUAAAAAUAAUAAUGAUAAAGUUUGUUAGGCAAAAGAGUCGCGAGCAUUCAGUUAAAGCAUCAAAAAGUUUUUUUAAGAAAAAGGGCGAGUCGAAUGAUUCCGGUACCGAAUCUGAUGGUGACGUCCUAGAUGUUGACAAGCAUCGCCCUUUAGACUUGGACAUGGAAACCAGCUUAAGCUCCUGCGCCGAUGUGAAUUCGCCAACAACAGACACCGCCUGCUCUUCGUCAGCGUCUUCUGCGAUGAUGUGUCAAUCCCACCUUUUAUACGAUCAACACAGCUCCGAAGAGGAACUGGAAGUGAUCAAUGGCCCAUCAUCGGUAGCAGCCGCCGAAGCGGCAUCCAAUGUAUUGGUGGUGCGUGGCACCACCUCAUCACUCAUAUCGGAGCGUGGCUCGUCGUCGUUGGAGCCCGAAGAGCUAUUCGGCGAAGCAUCGACAUCGAAACGUUCCAGCUCAACUUUGGUUGAGAAUCGCAAACGAUCUCUGGCGCAUAGCUCCGAUGAUGACCAGCUGAGAAACUUCUUGGAACCAGUAUUGACACCAGUGAAUUUUCGCACAUCACCACCAUUGGAAGCUUUCAAGCCAAACCGCAGCCACAAAUAUCGCUCCACAACGCCACUGAUACUAUCGGAGGCGCGUUGCGGCAUCGAAAAUAUUAAAUUAUGUGAUAAUAGUGUUAAUGACGAAAAUGGUGAGGCUGCUGCUGGCGGCGCGUCGUCAUGUGCCGCAACAGCGGCGUCGGGUGCGUCUAGCGGCAAUGCCGCACAGGCCGGCGGUGCAUGCGCUGGCGGCGGCGGCAACGGCACUGGCGACAACAGUUCAACGAGUGUGAUUAAGGUGUGCGCCUCAUCGCUUAAGAUGAGCAAUAGCAGCCAUCAUAUCUAUCAGCCGCAACCCAAAUAUAAUUUCCACUAUAAUAGUUCGCGCAGUAGUCCCGCAUCGACGACCGGUCUCGAUGCGAUGGAGGUGCGCUCGGUUAGUCCACCGGCGAAACUCUUCCAUUCGGCUAGAUCACCACACCGCCGACCGAUACGCACACAGCACGCCACACAGAGGCUACAGCGACCACAUCGGCCGUGUUUAGAUUUUGAUAAAAUGCAGCAAGUAAGUCUCUAAUGCAGCGCCAAAUCAAAGACUUUUUACUUCUCACUAAUUACAAGUAAAUGUACCUAAAAGCUCGCAUUACCCAUAACGAAAACAUGAAAUUAAAGAAAACGAAGCAAACACACCAUUGCAAGCAUGAUGAUUACAAGAGAGAGAAAGAGAUUGAGUGAGGCAGGCAGUGAGCGGAGUGGGAAAGAGAGAUGUUGCAGAUUUGUCAAUGAAAGUGAAAAUGCAAAUGAAUUCGAUGAAAAUUAUGUUUAUGGCGGUUUUGAUGGUAAAUAUGUAUGUAGGUUUUGUACAGCAACAACAAAAAUAUAAAAAAUAUACACCGCUAAAUAAUUUUAUGUUAAUGAAAGUACCAAAAAAGAAAAAAUUAAAGCGAAAAUAUGAGCGCAAAAAGUCAGUAACAAUGAAAGCUUAGUUGUGGCCCUGUGAAAGCGCGCAGUUUUUAAAAGCUUAAGAAAAGCACAAUAAAUGACAGCGAAAAAAGCAACUGAAAGCAAGCCCCACAAAGCAAAAUACGAAAAUAAUAACCAAAUUACAGCAACAACAAUAGCCCUAACUAUGCAAAUCCCCAUAAUUUACCGUAAAGAACAGACUUUUAGAAACAUAAAAUCAAAACCAACAACACUACACGCAAACACUUUACAUAAAUGUAUGUGAAAAUGUAAUUUGUAAGUUCGAGAAUUUGUGGUCCCAGUUCUUCUUUGUUUAUAUAGUAUAUAUAUUUUUGUUUCGAAACGUUAUGUAAAAGCUUUAAGUCUGAAGUCUGUUAAGUAACAUCACUCGAUUUUAUGUAAAAAUAUGAUCUCGAUACUUUUUAGUAACAGGGUUGCCAAAUUGCGUUAAUGUUUAUACUAAUUGUCAAAUUUUGGGUGUAAAUUUUGUUGAAAAGCUGAAUUCGGUGUUUAACUAAUCUAUAUAUAGGAUAGGCAAUUCGUAAUUCGACCGCGGAAAAGUCUAAAAUCAUAAAAAAUAAAAUACUAACAGAGUUCCAAUCUCAGCAUCCUGAGAUAUUGUUGAAAAACACUUCAUAAAAAUGCAAAAAGUUUUUUGAAACCAGCUUUGAAGCUUGUGAAACGAGUCAGUAAUGGCAGAUCGAUCGUAAAUCCUUAAUAUUAGACCCAAAAUUUGGAACGUUAGAGUUUAACCAAACUCUUUAAA